AUGCAUGAGAUUGUGGAGUAUGUUCAUACAGAUACUUGUACCAGUCUCAAUGGGAAGAAGCGGAAGGCCUGUGAUGAGAACAAGGCAAAGCAGUGGGAUGCUCAAAAGGAGCUGGCUGAAAAAGUGGUGGGUCUCUCAGCUGCUGCAAUGCACUACAAUUUACCUAAUCUUGUCAAGAAAAUCAAGCAAACCCUCUUGAACUUGAUGCAAAACACCCCAUCUUUGUUUUUGAUGGUCUUGGCCACUUGCCACAAGGAAGGACCCUCUGUUCCAUCAGCAUUGCUUGAGAUUGCUUGGUCAUUUGUUCGGACUAACAAAACAACCCUUACGGAUUCAAAGGCAAUUGCAUGUGUGGAUGCAACUCUAGUGGAGGAGAUCCUGAAAGAUGAAAAAUUGGAAAUGGAUGAGUACACUCUAUUUGUUUUCCUGACACAAUGGGUUGACAGUAAUCCAAACGAGCGUCAAGCCAUUGCCAAAAACCUGGGAAGCAAUCUUGGGCUCGAAAAGAUAAAUCCCGCCUAUCUUUCAACUUCAGUUGUGUCGUCUGGAUUGUUCAUGCCUGACCAAAUCAAUGAAGCCUCCAAAAUCAAGCUCUGCAUGCUGAACAAACCCACAAAGUCACAUUUCAACAUGACCGAUUCUUCCUUGGAUGGAAAAAAUCUCUCACUGCAGAGACUGGUGAUGAUGGAGGGAAUCCAUGAAUGGACUGUGAAACUAUUGGACGACAAUGACGGUGGUGGGGCAAGUGCUGUUAUUGGCAUCGUCUGCGACGAAACAUUUGUGGACAAUGGAUCUCUGCUGUAUACACAAAAGGGUGGGUGGGGAUACGAUGACUUUGGUAAUGCAUACAGUGAGGGCAAACCAGUUAAUCCUAACAGAUUGAGUACUAUCGGUCUGGGCACAGACGUCAAGCUGACACUCAACUUGAGUCCCCGUAAUGGGCAACCUUGA